GGAACUCCGUAACUCCUCUGGAGUGUCCUCCCCCAGCAGCUGCUGCUCUGUCCUCCCCCUGGUCCUCCCCCUGGUCCUCCCCCUGGUCCUCCCUCUACCAUCUCAUGUCAUGUUAUCAACUCAUACAAGUCGACGGACGUUUUGAUAAACAUCAGAUCACACCUACGGAACAUUUUAAAAAGACGACGAUGGUCAAGACGAAACAGUCCAAAGGGAGAAAAAAGUUCGACUAUGACAAGAACCGGAAGAAGCUGAAGAAGAAGUUUCUUAAAAAGCAGAAGCCAACGAUCGAAGAUCGUCAGGUGAGACGAGCGUGGGACGAACACAAGUCUGUGUCCAGGAACCUCCGAGACAUGGGUCUGUCCUUGGAUCCCAACAGAUCUCUCCCCAUAAAGAAGAGCAGUUUGCUGGGAGACCAGAGUGAGACACCUGCAGGCUCCGCCCUCAUCACCAAACCCUACGUCCUCAACCAGCUGGAAGAGGAGGCGGGGCGACCGCAGAAAAACUCAAAGACGUUAUCGAGCGACCUGAUAGAGUUUGUCCAGCACAUGAUCAGAGAACACCAGGAUGACCACAAGGCCAUGGCUCGAGAUGAGAAGAACUACUACCAGGACACGCCCAGUCAGAUCAGGAGGAAAAUCAACGAUUACAAACGCUGCCACCCGGUGGACUACCAGGCUUUCAUCAGCUCUUUAUCUGCUGCAGCUCAGUGACGGGUGGAGACGACGAUGUAUCUGUGAUGGAUGUUCAGCUGGAGGACGUCCUCACAGCGUCUGUGGACAGGACAGGCGUGGAGACCAGUCACUACGUUACUUGAGUGAGCAGAAAUGUCCUGAUCACUGAUCGGUUAAAGGAGUUGUUUUGAAGGAGCGUUCGCUCGACCAGAGACCAGAGUUAGUGUGAAGAUAAUCUGCUGAUCGCAGUUUUCUAACACCGACAACCACCACCAUACAGUCGCUGUGAUUUAUUUUGCGGUGAGUUGAGUUUUAGGAACCGGUUCAGGAAGGAGUCAUCGUGAAAAAUGAAUCUUUGUAAAAAAACAAAAUAAAAUCCAUGUUGAGAGAAAA